UGUUGGGCUGUAUGUUAAACAUCAUUUCUAUGAGGUUUAUGGUCGCCAUGGUAACAAGGCGGACCGCGGCUAGAGCGGGCAGGGCCGCUCCUUACGACUUUCAAUUCUCUAUGGUCACUCUAAAGUCGCGUUUCAAAUUUUUUUUUACGCAGUUUUUUUUUGUCCCCAUCCAACUUUAUUGGUUCGUUCAUUUGUUUCGCUCGUGUGUGUCGGGAUACUGUGGUGUGGUGGCCGCAGAGGGCCAAACCUCGCACACCAUGGCUGCCCACCUGAAGAAACGCGUUUAUGAGGAGUUCACCAAAGUGGUUCAGCAGCCAUUCGAAGAACUCUCGGCGAAGAAGCUGCGGCUGACGAAACCGAGCAAGUCUGCAACACUUCACCUCGACCUGUGCAAGGCCACAUCCCCUGCCGAUGCCCUGCAGUACCUCCUGCAGUUCGCACGCAAGCCUGUGGAGGCAGAGAGCGUGGAAGGUGUCGUCAGGAUCCUGCUAGAACAUUACUACAAGGAGAAUGAAUCAUCCGUGAGGCUGAAAAUUGCGUCGUUGCUGGGCCUGUUAACCAAGACGUCCGGAUUCUGCCCAGACUCCAUAGCGGACGAUGUGAUCAAUACUCUUCAGAAUGAAAAGUCCCAUCAGGUACUUGCUCAGCUGCUGGACACUUUGUUAGAGAUCGGGACUAAGCUGCUGGACGAUGCGCCGAUCCGAAUGAAACUGGUGGAUGUGGCAUACAAGCACCUGUCAGACACCGGUCACGGAGUCAGGAAUAAGUGCUUGCAGCUUCUCGGCUGCCUUGGGGCCAUAGACAAAAGCGCCGCAAGCGAGACAGAAAGUCCAGUGACCAAGGACGUGCAGAAGAUUAUUGGUGACUAUUUCAAUGAUCAGGAUCCGCGAGUCCGGACGGCUGCUAUAAAAGCCAUGUUACAGCUCCACGAGAGAGGCCUGAAGUUACAGCAAGCAAUGUACAGCCAGGCCUGUAAGCUUCUGUCCGAUGAUUAUGAACAAGUACGCAGCGUCGCUGUGGAGCUGAUCUGGGUUUUAAGUCAACUGUACAGGGAAAGUAUUGUUCCUAUUCCAUCCUCCAAUGAGGAAAUCCGCCUGGUGGAUGAUGCUUUCGGGAAAGUCUGCCACAUGGUCAGCGAUGGAUCAUGGGUGGUCAGGGUUCAGGCCUGCAAACUUUUGGGGUCUAUGCAGCAAGUUAGCCCCCACUUCUUGGAGCAGACGCUUGACAAGAAACUCAUGUCCGACCUGCGGAGGAAACGAACGGCGCACGAGCGAGCUAAAGAGCUGUACAGCUCCGGAGAGUUUUCCAGCGGCAGGAAGUGGGGCGAUGACGCCCCGCGGGAAGAACUGGACACUGAAGCUGUGAACUUGAUAGAGUCGGGGGCUUGCGGAGCUUUCGUUCACGGCCUGGAGGACGAGAUGUACGAGGUGAGGAUUGCAGCGGUGGAAUCUCUGUGCCUGCUGGCUCGCUCCUCCCGACCCUUUGCUGAGAAAUGUCUGGACUUCCUGGUGGACAUGUUCAAUGACGAGAUAGAAGAGGUGCGGCUGCAGUCCAUCCACACCAUGCGCAAGAUCUCUGACAAUAUAACCCUGCGGGAGGAUCAGCUAGACACCAUCCUGGCUGUGCUGGAGGACUCUUCCCGGGACAUUCGGGAGGCCUUACACGAACUGCUCUGCUGCACAAACGUCUCCACUAAAGAGUGUAUCCACCUCGCCCUGGUGGAACUUCUCAAGAACCUCUCCAAGUAUCCCACGGACCGGGAGUCCAUCUGGAAAUGUCUGAAGUUCCUGGGUUGCAGACACCCCACCUUGGUGCUUUCCCUGGUUCCUGAGCUUCUGAGUACCCACCCGUUCUUCGAUACCCCAGAACCAAACAUGGAUGAUCCAGCGUAUAUAGCAGUUUUGGUUCUGAUUUUCAAUGCAGCAAAGACCUGCCCAACCAUGCCAGCCCUGUUCUCUGACCACACGUUCCACCACUAUGCCUACCUGCGGGACAGCCUCUCGCACCUGGUUCCAGCUCUGAGUCUGCCGGGUGUGAAGUGGUCGUGGAUUCCGGAUCUGGAGCGCGAGUCCACUCAUGAGGAUCCAUCCCAGCAGUUUCUACAGAACAGCUUGGAGAGGAUCCAUAACCUGCAGAACCUGGGGACGCAGGGGACACAGGAACUGCUGGAGUUCACCAUCCGGGACCUGCAGAGAAUUGGGGAGCUCCAGUCUGAGCUGUCUGGCAUGGCGGAUUUCUCCGCCACCUACCUGCGUUGUCACUUGCUGCUCAUCAAGGCACUGAAUGAGAAGUUAUGGAGCCUGGCUGCCCCCCUGUAUGUGAAGCAGAAUUCUCUGACUGCUGCGGCUGUGAAACAGAUCCUGGAAGACACGUACAAGAUGGAGUUUAUGUACAGCGGGCUGGAGAACAGACAAGUGGCCAUUAUACAUCACAUGAGGUUACAGGCAAAUGCUCUCCAGCUCCUUGUGACCGCUCGGACCACUAAAGGCAUGGAGCCGCUAUUCAGCCUGUGUGAGCAGUUCCUGCAGGAGGUGGAUUCCUUCCAGAGGUGUUUCAUCUCUGAGCUCCCACAUAUGCAGGACAGCUUUGUGGACAAGCUGCUGGAUCUAAUGCCCCGGCUUGUUAACUCCAAACCCUUAGAAAUGGUGAAAAUCCUGCAGACCACCCUGCGGCAGAGCAGCUUCCUCCGUCUCACCCUUCCAGAGCAGAUCCACAGAGCUUCUGCUCACAUUAUUGAGCCAGCUGAAGAGUCCGAUAACCCCAUCCGAUUCACCUCGGGUUUGAUUGUAGCUCUGGAUGUUGACGCCACAUUGGAGAGUGUUCAGGAUCCACAGAACACUGUCAAGGUUCAGGUUGUGUAUCCCGAUGGGCAGAUCCAGAUUAUCCACCCUAAGCCAGCAGACUUCCGCAAUCCUGGCCCCGGGAGACACCGGCUGAUCACACAGGUUUACAUAUCGCAUACGGCGUGGACAGAACCCUGCCAGAUUGAAGUCAGCCUCCUCCUCGCCUACAGUUCCAGCAGAAGCAAAAUAUUAAACCCAUCAUCCAAACCCGCCUGGGGAGAUAGCACGGAGGCCUUGCCCGUCACAGAGAGCAGCAUAGAGGGCACUAUACCCUUCAGCAAACCUGUUAAAGUCUUCCUGAUGCCUAAACCCGCCAGGCGGUGACUUAUAGAACAUGGGUCACGAGGUGCGGGGUAACCUGGGAAGGGACAGAUGCCAGGAGUACAGCUGGAGAACAUUACGCGCUUCACCUACACCCUGGGAUUGCUCAGUUACAGAACACUGGACGCAGGACAGCUGGGUAGACGUCUGCCCGGGGCACAUCUAAGGACCAGUCUGUGAGACGCUUCAGGAAACUAGACAUGCACCUGGGCCUGUGGGCAUUCAGAAUAUUCCAAAGGGGAGCCGAGCCAACGCGCUUCACCCAGUCAGUCUUCAUAACAAUGUAGAACCACUGCUGUAGUUACAGAAACUUUUCAGUUAUGCGACUAAAAAUACUUUGUUUUGCUUCAUUUAGCAUUUGGGUUAAAGUGAGAUGUUUUUGAAGACCUUUUUGUUCUCUGUAUAGUGGAAAAUGUGCUCCUUCAUCAAGAUGUGUGAAAUGCGCCUGGUUAUUAGAAAUACCAUGGGACAGACACCUAUCCCCCCCCCCCCCCCCCCCCAAACUCUGCCAGCUCUGAGCUGGCACAGGCAGUCUUUUUGCGGAAUGGGAAUGACUGAGUUAUCCCCCAUGCAGGAAGGCGCUCUCCUAAGGAAUGGUUCUUCUCUGUCUGAAAGAAUGAAAACCCAUGUCACCGCAAAUAUCCAAUAUUCCCGUCACAAGUAGGCCCUGUGUUUUGGGGGCGCACUGCAUCACCCACGUGAAUACUUCACCUUUUUUUUAGGGCGCUUGAUAAAUGAACCGCAUUAGCUUCAGCCAUUUUGUGAGCUAAGCCAUUAUCCGUAUGCCAUAAGUGAGUCAAUAGUGAUUUAAUAAGCUUUGUGGCCUGCUCACAAAAUGGCUACCUCCAGUGUGUGUGUGUGGGGAACACAGAGACUUUAAGGUAUUUUCAGUUUAAGUGUAAAUACAGCAAUUACUAUCAUGCUCUUAUAUCUGUACAAUAACAUAAGAAUAUUCAGCGCUGAUAAUUUAUUUGAAUUUCUAAGGUAAAAUGUGUUUGUUUGUUUUUUAAAUCAUUUUACUGCAACAAA